AUGGCGCCGAAGUCCGUCACAGUGAUGGUCAAUCAUUUACCUGAAGGAAACAUCACCAGGCUGAUUGAUGGUUUUGAUGACUCUCCCGCCGUUGAUGGCCCUCCCGCCGUUGAUGACCCUCCCGCCGUUGAUGGUCCUCCCACCGUUGAUGACCCUCCCGCCGUUGAUGGCCAUCCCACUGUUGAUGACCCUCCCGCCGUUGAUGGUCCUCCCGCCGUUGAUGACCCUCCCGCCGUUGAUGGCCAUCCCACUGUUGAUGACCCUCCCGCCGUUGAUGGCCCUUCCACCGUUCAUGACCCUUCCGCCGUUGAUGGCCCUUCCACCGUUCAUGACCCUUCCGCCGUUGAUGGCCCUCCCGCCGUUGAUGACCCUCCCACCGUUGAUGACCCUCCCGCCGUUGAUGGCCAUCCCACUGUUGAUGACCCUCCCGCCGUUGAUGGCCCUUCCACCGUUCAUGACCCUUCCGCCGUUGAUGGCCCUCCCGCCGUUGAUGACCCUCCCGCCGUUGAUGACCCUCCCGCCGUUGAUGACCCUCCCGCCGGUGAUGACCCUCCCACCGUUGAUGGCCCUCCCGCCGUUGAUGGUCCUCCCUCCGUUGAUGACCCUCCCGCCGUUGAUGACCCUCCCGCCGUUGAUGACCCUCCCGCCGUUGAUGACCCUCCCGCCGUUGAUGGUCCUCCCGCCGUUGAUGGUCCUCCCGCCGUUGAUGACCCUCCCGCCGUUGAUGACCCUCCCGCCGUUGAUGACCCUCCCGCCGUUGAUGGCCCUCCCACCGUUGAUGACCCUCCCGCCGUUGAUGGCCCUCCCGCCGUUGAUGACCCUCCCGCCGUUGAUGACCCUCCCGCCGUUGAUGACCCUCCCGCCGGUGAUGACCCUCCCACCGUUGAUGGCCCUCCCGCCGUUGAUGGUCCUCCCUCCGUUGAUGACCCUCCCGCCGUUGAUGACCCUCCCGCCGUUGAUGACCCUCCCGCCGUUGAUGACCCUCCCGCCGUUGAUGACCCUCCCGCCGUUGAUGACCCUCCCGCCGUUGAUGACCCUCCCGCCGUUGAUGACCCUCCCGCCGUUGAUGACCCUCCCGCCGUUGAUGACCCUCCCGCCGUUGAUGACCCUCCCGCCGUUGAUGGCCCUCCCGCCGUUGAUGGCCCUCCCGCCGUUGAUGACCCUCCCGCCGUUGAUGACCCUCCCGCCGUUGAUGGCCCUCCCGCCGUUGAUGGCCCUCCCGCCGUUGAUGGCCCUCCCGCCGUUGAUGACCCUCCCGCCGUUGAUGACCCUCCCGCCGUUGAUGGCCCUCCCGCCGUUGAUGGCCCUCCCGCCGUUGAUGGCCCUCCCGCCGUUGAUGACCCUCCCGCCGUUGAUGACCCUCCCACCGUUGAUGGCCCUCCCGCCGUUGAUGGCCCUCCCGCCGUUGAUGACCCUUCCGCCGUUGAUGACCCACCGUUGAUGGCCCUCCCGCCGUUGAUGGCCCUCCCACCGUUGAUGGUCCUCCCGCCGUUGAUGGCCCUCCCGCCGUUGAUGACCCUUCCGCCGUUGAUGACCCACCGUUGA